AAUGAAUCAAAUGAGUAAGACGUAAUUGGUCUUUUGGAAAUUCCAUCGGGCACGGAAUUCAUGAUCAGGGGAUAAAGAUUUAUCUAUUGGCGAAAGAAGGCGUAGCAAUAAUACUCAUGGCGUCUUCUAACGAGUCGACUGCUACAAGUAGCUUACAAGAGGAGAAAGAGCAGAGGGUUAUUGAUGUCCUGUUUCUUUGUGACGAGUGGAAAUCUUCGAAGGGUGGGUUAUCAACUUUCAAUCGAGAAUUUGCCAUUAAUCUGGCGCUAGAGACGAUUGGUACCAUGAAAAUCCACUGCUACGUCUCAAAAAGCGAUGACCAGGACAGAAAGGAUGCCAGAAAACACAAAGUAAAUUUAAUCACAGCUCGAAAUAUUCCUGGUUCAACUGACUCCUUCGAGUGCUUGAAAAUUCCUUCCCUAGAGCUCCCAAAUCCACAGGUGGUUAUAGGCCAUGGAAGAAAGCUCGGUAGAUGUGCGUAUUUCCAAGUACAGGUCGCAAAGUGUCGUUGGAUACAAUUUGUCCACGUUCAUUGUGAAGACCUUGGAAAAUACAAGAAAACAAUUUUGCCUGCAACAGAUACAAUCGAAGAAAAUGAGAAGAAGCACCAGAUGGAAAUUGAUUUGUGUAAAGCAGCGGAUGCAGUUGUCGCCGUUGGCGCACGUCUACAACAGAAGUACAACAGAAGCCUACCAACUGUCAAAGUGGAGGUUAUUACUCCUGGAAUCUUCGAAAAGUUUUCCCGUGAAACACAGUUUGCUAUGCACAGAUCCGUGAAGAACUUUAACGUGUUCUUGUUUGGCCGAGCUACCUUUGAGGAUCUUUCUCUUAAAGGGUACGAUAUUGUCGCAAAUGCGAUUGGUUCUCUCGGUAAGAACUUUAAGCUGACAUUUGUUGGUUCAUCUCCUGGUGAACAUCAAAAAGUUGAGCAGUGGUUUCUUGACAACACCUGCAUCACUCGAAACCAACUAACCAUCCGUAGUUAUUGCAGUGAUCUAGACGAUCUCAAGACGAUGUUCUAUGAGUCAGACUUGGUUGCUCUACCUUCCCGAACCGAAGGCUUUGGGCUAGUAGCCUUGGAGGCCGUAUCUGCUGAUGUUCCCGUACUUGUUUCUGGUGAAUCUGGAGUAGCUGAGGCUUUGAGAGAAGUGGACGGUGGAAACAUUGUUAUUGUUGAAUCAGAUGAAGAUACAGAUGAAUGGGCACGAAGGAUUAGAGAGAGGUCUCAAGAAAGUGCAGAAGAUAGACAAGCCAAUGCCACGAAGCUGCGAGAGAAUUACAGGAAGGUUUACUCUUGGAGAACAGAAUGUGCGAACUUUAGAAGAAUGAUUGAAAAUGUUAUGAAAACUACAAAUGAUAGUGAAUUGAACAUGAAGAUUGAUGUAGAAGAAAUAAAACCCAAAGAACCCAACAUGAAUACCACAAACUUAGCAACAGAGUCUGGAGGAUUCCAAGGGGUUCAUUGCCAGAGGGCAUCAGAUGCAACAUCGCCUACAGAGGGAAGUGUGUCUCCUUCAGGAACAGAAGAUCCUCAAGCAUUCAGAGAGAGAGUCCUGGCCUUAAUUGCUUUGAAUUACCUCCAGACCACACCACCACGGUCAAGUGAAGAGCAUGAUAAGUUUUUGAAAUACUUGAAAGAAAUGAGGGUCACCAUCACAGGUGUCUCUGUAGGAAGUUUAGUGAUAACAGUGAAGUGCGAAUCUCUCCAAAUCUUGGAGGAAUUGUGGACAGAUUACUCAUCUGGUCAUCUCAGUGAAAUGGUUCAAAAUUGUUUUGUGACUGAAAAGAUCUUGAAGGAACUGAACCUAGCUGAGCUGAGACUGAAAACAACAAUGGACAUAGAAGAGUACAAUACAAGGAAACUUUACUUUGAGAGAGUUGCUCUUAGAGAUGCCUUGUGCUCUCAGUCAUACUUCAUAAGUUCUGAAGAUCAAUCACCCAAAAGAUGGCGACAGAAGACAGAGGUCAAGGAGUCAGAGAAAGUGAAAGACACCCAAAUCCUUGACCCUUUAAGUGACGUUCAUCUUGCUGCACUUCACUUCAUAUAUUUACCUCAGAUCAACGAGAAAUUGAAAAUAUGGCAAAAUGUCUGGUCUUGCCAUUGUAUUCGGACCACAAGGUCUAGUCCACUUCGGCUGUGGUUGGCUGGACAGAUGCAAGAUCCUGGGCCAGAUGUCUCAAUGUUGGAUCUGAAUAAUUAUGGUGUAGAAGGAAUUGUCACUGAUGAUGAAGACAGGGACAACAGGCCAGUGUUUAGACAGCUGGUAAUUGAAAUUGAUGAGCCUUGCAAAACUGAACUUUAUUAA